AUGGCCGAAUUCUUCCGGUCUCGUAAUAGCGAACCCACGAUGGACGAAGGUCGUUUCUCACAAGGCACACGGCUAAUCAUGACCCUCUGUGUCUUGUUCUGCAUCUUCAUGAUCUGCCCCCUCAUUUCCUGGAAGUGCAACCAGUUGUGGACUUCCCCUUCGUCCGCAAAAUACCAACAGCUAGAGCGCCGUAUCGAGCGUGCCGAACAGGAAGCUCGCAAGCAGAGGAUUCAGAAUGCGGUUCUGGUCAACGAGCAGCUCCGGGCGGACAUCGAAUCCCUGAAAGGUCAAGCCGUUGUUGAUAUGCGCGAGAUUGCGGAGUUGAAAAAGACACGCGAUGGCACUCCGGAGCAACUCCACAAACUCAUCGAGACUGUUCACACUAAUAUGAAGUCCGAGUUCAAGGAGGUGUUCCAACAGCAUGAGAAGAGUAGCGCAUAUGCCCUCAGCCUCCUUAAGUCUAAAAACACGGCAGCUCUCCAGGAGCAAGAUAAGCGCGCUGAUGACAAACUUGCGGCACUUAAGUCCGAAGUACAGGCUUCUGCUCAGGCGCAGAUCAAGCAAGCCAUCAAGGGGGCCGUCGAGAAGCUAAAGACCGAGCUCGAAGUCAAGCUUAAAAUGCAAGACAAGCGCAACCAGACAGCACUUGAGGCACAGGCUUCCGAAACUGCUAAGCUUCUAGUAACUGUUGGCGACCUUGAGGAGCACAAGAAUGCUACUCAGCAGAAGAUGAAGGAGCAGGACGACCGUCUUGAGGCAGCCAAGAAGGAAGUCCACCAACGGCAGGAUCGUGCUGAAGAGGUGGCCAAGGUCCAGGGCAUGAAGAUCUCGUCUCUCAAGUCGAAGUUGACGGCCAACGACAACGAGAUCAAAGAGUUGAAGUCUGGCAACGAUGAGCAGACCGCAAACAUCUUCAAGCUCAAGACCGAGAUCGAAGCCCUUCAGAAGAACACAGUCACCCGCAACCAGUUCGAUGACGAAAAGCGUCGGACCUCGAAGAACGAGGGAGUCGUCGCGGAUCUCAAGAAGGAACUGAAUGGGUCUCACGAAAAGCAAGAGUCCGAAAUCUCCAAAAUCAAGACAGGCAUUGAGUCCCUUCUGCUGGUGCUGAAGGGUACCCAGACUCAACUUGAUCAGCAGGAGCAGAAGGCCGCUGACAUUGAGAACGGCAUGAGAACCCUCAACGAUGAUGUCGCACAAUUAAAGACCGAUCGCGAUGAGCACGGCCGCCGACUUGCCAAGGUCACGGAGGUCCAGACUACAAUCGUGCAAGUACAGUCUGGCCUUGAAAAGGCCCUUCAAGUGGCCGCUUCCGACAUCGGCUCUAAGGUGAACACACUCAUGAAGAACACUGCAGCCAUCAAGGCCGUCGAUGAUCGAGUGACGAAUCUCGAGUCUAACCUUGAGGAGCAGAGCUGCAAGGUCUCUAGCACUGAGACGAGCGUGAAGGAUCUCGAGAAGAAGGUUGACAAUGCGGGAACGUCUGUCUCCAAGCUGUUCGAAGAGCAGCAUACCAGCAUUUCCGCCGUGGAGCAAAUGGUCAAGACCACGGAGGCAAACUUCACCGAGUACACGACCGCGACCGAUCAGCACCUCCAGCAACUCGAUACGGAACUUCAAGAAGAGUGUGAAGCUUCUUUCGAAGAAUUGAGCGCCUUAAAGCAGCGCUUAGUCGAUAUCCAGCGCGAAUACACGGCUAUCUCGAAGGCCAUCGUCGCUCAAGAGGUGGUGGAGGUUCUUUCCAAGCUGCCAGCAAAUGGCGCAGAGACUUCGACUAGGGAACUUGACACUUUGAAGACGGAGAUUCUUACAGAAGUCCAGCGUCACCGCGAUGAAGACAACACCAAGCGUCGUCUCAUAGACAAGGAUGCUGACGAUAAUAUCCGUAAGCUCCAGAAAGACAUUGCCGACAACGAGAAGACCCAUCGAGACCAGGCGAAUGCGACCGCGCACACGAUUUCCGUCCAUCAGGAUGCUCUAAACGACAGGAUUAGUGGCCUCGAGAAGAGUCUUCGGGAUACAGAAACCAAGCAUUAUGCUGAUCUCGCGAGGGUUGAGGCAUCCAAUGCUGGUAUGUCUGCUGCGUCCAGUCUGCAUGAAGCUACGACCGAGAAAGCUUUACAGCAGAUACAGGCAAUCAGCCUGAAGCUAGCUCAGAACGAGGCGCGCGUCAUGGCGGUAGAGCAUCACGCCACAGAAUCUUUCGAUUCCGUACAGGCUAAAUCGAAGGAGAUCAUGGACCCCUGUGCCAAAGAGAUUGCUGAUAGCCAAGAACAAAUCUGGGAUAGGCUUAAUCUUCGGCUAACCGAUGCUCUCCAAAUCUUUGAGAAAGAUCAGGAUGACAAGAUUAAGAGCUUCCUGAAGCAAUUCCAAGAUGGGCGGCUCGAAGGGUUGAUCCUGAGGCAGCUUGGUCCUGCUAUGGCGAAGGUAAAGGCAGAGCUUUCUCAGGCAGUCAGGAGCUUGAUCCGCUCCCAGGAGAUGAAGUCGCCAAAUCCCUUAUCCACCGAAGACCAAGUCCAGAGACGAUCAGCACUUUUCCCGAACGAAAAAGAAAGUGAGUGA